UUUUUUUAUUUGAUUCGAAAUUUACUGGCAUCUUUUUAAACCAAUCCAUCAAUAUUUUGCGACUGUGGUUGGUAGGGGUUAUUAUACCGACUCUAUAUAAUAGAGUACCCUUAAAGGGUUAAUAACAUUUAUUUUCGAAAAAAAUUUUUUUUCAUCAACGCGUUACAACAAAAAACAAUUAAAAUUUUUAAUAAUCCUUGCGAGAUGGUGGGAUUGCUUUUUCAGGAUGGAAAUUAAUGAAUCGCUUCUUUUUUAUUAUUUUUAUAUUCCCCGUUUUUUUUUUUUCUGUGGGUAUAACUUUUUAUUUUAUACCACAAUCUAUCCAACCGGCCUUUAUUUUACUUUAUUCGCGUAUGGGCUAUACUGCAAUUUAAUUCGCCUAAUUUCAACAACUAUCGAUAUUUAAAAACUUUUAAAUCGUUUAAUAUUUUAAAAAUCAAAAAUAUUUCCAUAUUUAAAAAAAAUAUUCCAUUUU